AUGACGCUUGAUGCUUCAUUCGGUCAUACAUCAGAAGCAUGGCAAGAUGCAGUGCGAUCAUUCCUAUCGAGCCUUGGCCCAUUUGAACGAGCAGCAUUCCUGGCGCCGGCAAACCCUGAUGAUUGUAUGAACGUUCUUUUAGCAACACAGCGCCGAAAAUCUAAGCUAGCACGAAUCCUUGGCCUCAUGAAACCCGCGAUCGACCCACUCAAGCGAUUCGAGAGCGCGAUCGAUGUUAUUGUUCAGGUCAACGCGGGAAUUGCCUCCCCAAUAUGGGGUCCGCUCAAGAUUGUCGUGACGCUCUCGGCAGAUCAUCUCCGUACUCUAGAGAGUAUAGCCAUGAUCAUUCAUAAGAUUAUCAGCUCAUUACAGAGGUUUUCAAAGUACGAAGAACUAUUCGAAAAGAACAAGCUUGUUCAGGAUACGAUCGGGGCACUUUACUGCGAUUAUCUCGACUUCUGCGUUCGGGUUACUAAAUUCUACUCAACAUCUUCAUUUCGAAAUUUCUUUUCUUCUUUUGAUAAGGACUUUCGAGAUGUCGCUGAGAACAUUCAACUUCAUAGCCAAAAUGUCGACUGGGCAGCACAUACAGCCCAUAUUGAAGAGACCCAACGUGAAGCGGAGAAGGCUAGGAUAGAAAGGAAAGUACAUGAGAGAGGUAACAUCCAAAGAUGGUUGUCCCCUUCGACCGUCGACGACGAUCUCCAAAGGCAUUUAGACGAGUACAUACCUCAUUCGUGCGAUUACAUAUUGGCCUCCGAGCAAUUUCAGUCCUUCGUUUCGCUAGGCGACAUCAAAGGGCCUUCCGUUCUUGCAUUACAAGGUUUACCGGGGAGUGGGAAGACUACGACAGCAGCUUUCAUCAUAGACCAUCUGCGAAACGAAGGAUUCGAAGUACUAUACUUUUUCUUCAAGGCGAACGAUGUAGAGAAGCGCUCUCUACUUCAUUGUGCUCGGACAAUUCUAGCCCAGUUAGUCCGAUUGGAAGAACAUCUCUAUAACUUGGUCGGACCAUUUUACCAAAAGAGCGGCCGAGUUAUAGCUGACUCACUGGUCGAAGUUCUGCGGGCCGUCUCUAUCGCGCUGGAACACUUGAAAAUGGGGCAGAUAUUCAUAGUCCUCGACGCACUCGAUGAGUCUUCUAAUAGCGGCGAAAUAUGGCAAUGGAUCGCUACUCAGUGCAGGAGCAAUAUACUACCACUUCGAUUCCUAACUACAUCUCGACCUUCGUCUUCCCCACAACCUUCUAAUAUACGUCGAACGUACCUCAGAAUGGAGAGCUUCGAAACCGAUACCGUCGAACUAUACAUACUCGAUCGCGUUCGAAGAAAUCCAAUCAUUGGCAAUACAGACAUCGGAAAGCAGGUCGCAGACUAUGUCUCAUCCGCUGCGAAGGGACUUUGGCUUUACGCCCGUCUCAUGAUGGACGAUAUUGAUAGGCUUCCUUCUGCUGGGCAGAUUCAAAAGCAGCUGAAGGUUUUACCAAGAGGCUUUACCGAACUGUACACACAGAUACUGAGAACGACCGAAAGCAGCUUCAACCCAAUUGAAUUGAAGCUAGCUCAACAGCUUUAUCUAUGGAUCGAUGUUGCUGACUACCUUCCCAAGUAUUUGGUAUUCGCUAAUGAUCGACUUGGAUACAACAUGUUAGAGUCAAUAUUUCAAUACGCGAACGAUGGAGAGGCUGUACACGACCCAGCUAGGCAAGCGAGCCGCGUUUCGGGCCCACUCAUAGAAGUCUCUGAUACGGAUGUUGAGUCCACAGACUCGCGCGCCUAUGAACUUGACUUCAUUCAUCACACAGCAGCGCAGUACCUAAUCGAAUGUAACGAUCUUCCGGCCGCGCAACUACCACAUGCACUACGUCCUCGACGCCUCCGACACCUACAUCGUGCCGUCGUUGCGAUUUGGUAUUUCACGAAAUGCGACCAAUCAGAGAUUCUACUCCAAGAGCUACAACAAAAGGAGGAAAGGGGCAUGAAAUCAGCAAUGUGCUACUUCGAGAUGGCUUACGGUAUUUGGAACACGCUUCACGAGGUCCAGUUCCCCGAGAUUCAAGAUGACCAGGAGGCUCGUGAGGCGAAGACCCUACUACGAAAAUUGACCGAGUUCAUCUCGACACCAGCCUGUCUACGUUGGGUCGAAUGCGCCAUUAUCAUCAACUACAAGGGGAAAUUCCCGCAUCUCUUGCUAAACGCAACUAAGGCCUGGGAGGCAGCUAAGCAAAUCGAGACCCAUAUGUUUGCACCAUAUGUGGCUUUUUCGCGAGUGCGGGAGGAGUUCUGUAGGAACUACGCUUUCGUAUUGGCGACUACGGGUUUCGGAAGUGAAUAUGCACCUUACGAACUCCAAGGUCCUGCUCCAGAGGGAUUUUCGCAAGAUGAAUUGGCACAAGAGAUACUUCGUCUAGGAGAAAAGUGGCGACCGUUAGUAUUCCCUGGUUCAGGUGAAAUGGAUUGA